AUGUCUAAUUUAGAUGCAAGGAUCGCUCUGCAACAAAGUCGAUUCAUCCUUAUUCAAGAAUCAGCUGAGUCCGAUGAAGCCGACGCCUCACCUUUGACUCGCCAGUUGAUUACCGUACGUUUAGAGAUGCUCGAACAAAACUGGACUAAGUUUCAAGAAGAGCAUGAAAACCUCUGUCUUUCGGAGAGCGAUGCUUUGAGCAAUCAGCCGUAUCUCAGAGAUCGAGUAUACGAGCGUUGUCACGCCUUUUAUAUGUACUCUCGCGCCAAGCUCCUUUCUCAACGAGACGAAUUCGACACUCCAGACCGGCAAUCAAGACCCACACUGUCAGACUACGGAGCGUCCACAUCGCUGAUGCCUCGCAGUGCUUUAUCUCGAAUAAAGCUUCCGAAUUUCUCGGGAGACUACCAAUCUUGGAGGUCGUUCCAUGAUUUAUUCACAACGCUGAUACGACACAAUACGGAUCUGUCAGCAGUGGAAAAAAUGCAUUAUUUGAAGACUUGUAUAACUGGAGAGGCAGCAGAUCUGAUAUGCAAUUUGCCUAUUUCAUAUGAUAACUUCGAAACUGCACUUACCAACUUGAAACCGCUCAAAGCGAAGUCUGCACAAGGAUUGAGAGCUCUUCUGACGAUAAUAUCUGAGGCCAUGGGCGCGAUCUGUGCCCUAGGAUGCAUCGUGCAUCAUUGGGACCCGCUACUGCUGCAUUUACUGGUGAGAUUGCUAGAUCCGGAAACUCGAGAGGCAUGGGAGAAAAGGAACGGUGAUCUCCACGCGGUGCGUCUAUUAAUUGACCAAGGAUCAGAACUAUCCUUCAUAUCGGAAGAGCUAGUGCUCAGCUCAAGCGAACCGCCCUGCAUUAUUGAUGCAUAUGUAUUACCGCGACUGACGACGAAAUUACCGCCUUAUGACGCUGUGACUCAUUCAUGGCCUCACAUAACAGGACUGCAACUUGCCGACCCCGACUUUGAAUGCUCCGGACUCAUCCACAUCAUUAUUGGAUCAGACAACUACGGCUCAACCAUCUUCGGAUGGGUUCUCUCCGGAACGGUCUCAUCGGGCAAAGCAGCGACACCAGCUUUAGCUCAUCAUUGUUCAUUAGAUCAUGAGUUACGAGAUCUCAUUGGCAGGUUUUGGACACAAGAGGAGCUUCCAGCUGCAAAAACUUCUAAACUGAACAAAGAAGAAGAAGAGUGCGAACGACAUUUUUUGUCUACGUAUUCGAGAGAUACAACGGGGAGAUACGUAGUUCGCCUUCCGUUGAAGUCAGAUACUGCGCUCUUGGGGGAUUCGAAAGCGAGAGCACUAAAUAGCCUCAACAGAUUGUUAAAUAAAUUUAAAUCCAAUACCAGAUUAUGGCAACUAUACAGUGACUUCAUUGAGAAAUACAAAAACCUGGGUCACAUGGUAGCAGUUGAUACUUUCGAUAACCAAACUUCUCCCGUAUACUAUCUACCUCAUCUUGGUGUACUUCGAAAAAACAGCCGCAUCACCAAGCUGAGAGUGGUUUUUAAUGCAUCCAGCCGCACUAGUAAUGGUUUAUCUCUCAACGACAUUCUGCAUGCAGGCGCUAAGCUUCAAACGGACGUGUCAGAGAUUCUCCUGUGGACGAGGACACACCGAAUUCUCUUUUUAACUGAUAUAGAAAAAAUGUUUCGACAAAUUGCAGUUCAUCAACAAGACUGGGAUUUGCAAAGGAUAUUGUGGUGCGGACAAGAUGGCCGUCCUUCUGCCUAUCGACUUACGACUGUAACCUAUGGUCUCAACUGCGGUCCAUUUCUUGCAUUACGCACGGUUCAGCAAUUGAUGGAAAACGAGGGCCAUCAGUUUCCAAAGGCCAUAGUUCCCUUGACAAAAGGAAGAUAUGGCGACAUUAUCGGAGGAGCAGAAACGAUUCCAGAGGCUAAAGAAAUUGUUCAACAGCUCAUGCUACUCUGUGAAGCAGGCAGCCACGCCUUUAUCCAGCGUUUCUGUGUUGACGAAAAGAAUGGUAUCGUCCGAGAUAGCGCGAUUGUUCCGCUAGGACUGAUUGCAUCGAUUCUAGUACGAGCAAAGAUGAUCUUGCAAGAGCUCUGGUUGACGAAAGUAGGUUGGGACGAUUCUCUACCACCAGAAAUACAACUACGAUGGACGAACUUUCGACAGCAGUUGCAGCAGCUCAACCAAAUAUCAAUACCACGGUGGCUCGGCAGCGUUCGUACCAACAACUCGAUUGAGAUACACAGGUUCUCGGACGCAUCUCGAUUAGCGAUAGCGGCGGUGAUAUACGUGAGAGUUUCGGAAGACAACGGCAAGUUUUCGACGAGACUAAUAUGCUCUAAGACAAAGAUUGCGCCAAUAAAGCGACUCUCCAUCUCCCGUUUUGAGCUUACGACUACUCUGCUGUUGGCACGUUUACUUACGAAAACUUUGCAAGCACUUGACCUAGCAGAGACACCGGUGACUUGUUGGACGGACUCCUCUGUUUCUCUCACAUGGAUUACCAUCCAUCCAGUUCGAUGGAAAAACUCUCUGUCCGACGCAAAAUCAUCCUGGCCUUUACUCCGACCUGCACCAGCCCAAGACAUUAACUUGGAAGAACGACCAGGGAAUGUCCUCGUUGCAAUCGUUCGACCAGGCGUCUACUGGGAAUUGCUGGACAAAUAUUCCACUCUCACGAAGCUGAUACGAAUCACGGCACUCUGCCGCAGGUUCAUCUCGUGCCUACGUAGAGUGUCGCCGAUCGAGCAUCCACUAACACCUGUGGAGCUCGAGCUAAGCCGCAAUUUCUGGAUACAAAUCGUACAACGAGCUUGGUUUGGCUAUGAGAUCGGAAUCAUCUCUAAGGGAGAGCAGCUGCCGAAAUCCAAUCCAAUGGUACGACUCAUCCCAUUCCUUGAUCGAGAGGGAUUGCUCCGAAUCGGAGGGCGUUUACAUAAUGCCCGGAUCGAUUCGGAGGCCAAGCAUCCGUAUAUCUUACCAAAGAGAUCCCCCCGCAAGUUGGUAAUAGAUGAUGCUCACAGGAGAAUGCUCCAUGAGGGUAUACAAGUCACGUUGGCCUUUAUACGAAAAUGUUCUGGAUCAUCGGCGGAAGAGCGCCGGUCAGAUCUCAGAUUCUGA